AUGGGCGAUAUUUCUGCUAACAUUGGCAUGAAAGCCGCGGCCGUGAUGGCCGGUUCCUUUUUAUCUGGUGGCAUGAUGAGCAUUUCGAUCAACGUGAUGAUGGACACAAUCUCGGACUCGCCGCAGCUUCUUAAACAGUGGGCACGCACAUUUUACUACGGGAUUCGCAUAUUCCCCGCUAUUUCUGUUACGACUGUGUUGCUCUAUCGUUAUAUCGCUCUGAAUAGGGGCGUAGUAAAACGCCCUUGGGGGAUCUACGUGGCUGCGGGAGUCGCCACUUUUACAAUGGUUCCAUUUACUUGGAUUUUCAUGGACCCUACAAACAAAAGGCUGUUUAGUCAGGGAACCGACCUCGCCUCGGGACAUGUGGUAGAACUGUCGGAGGUUCAGGAUCUGAUCCAAAAACGGAGUUGGUUGAACAUUACUAGAUCGCUGUUCCCCCUUUUGGGAGCGGCCAUUGGUAUGUUUGCAACGCUGAACCAUCUCUAA